UAGUGAUAUAUCAGAUUUACAAGCAAUUGCAGUAGUAGCAGAUAUUGUAAUUAAUUUUAAUUCAAUUAAUAUUCAUGAUGAUAAUAUUGAGGAAGAUUUAAGAGAUACAUAUCUUGACUUAUCUUUUUUACUAUCAGAUACAAAUUCUUUAAAUAGUCAAGAUUUAAAAUCAAAUGAAGACUUUGAUACUGGUAUUACUAAAUCUGA